AUGAAAGAACCACGCUGCCAGGCCAAACAGAUGAAUUACUUAUCAAAGAAAGAGACUAGGACGAGGUCAGGGGAGGAAGAGGAGGAGGAGGUGAAGGAGGAGAAGGAGGAGACAGAGACUAGGACGAGGUCAGGGGAGGACGAGGAGGAGGAGGUGAAGGAGGAGAAGGAGGAGGUGAAGGAGGAGAAGGAGGCGAGACAUGAGAGGCCAAACAGAUGA